CUUUUACACAUUCUGUCAGUUUUGAUCUCGUCUACUCCUCGCUUCAAAAGUCACUUUUGCGGUUAAAAAAGUCAAACAUGGUGAUCCAGAAGUUGCACGCCCGCCAAAUUUUUGAUAGCAGAGGAAAUCCAACUGUGGAAGUUGAUCUCACAACUGACAAAGGCACUUUCAGGGCAGCAGUACCAAGUGGGGCUUCAACUGGCAUCCACGAGGCCCUCGAACUCAGGGACAAGGUUGCUGCUGACUAUCAUGGAAAAGGUGUCUUGAAAGCUGUUGGCAACAUCAAUAACAUCAUUGCUCCAGCUCUUGUUGGAAAGGAGAUUGACGUGACCAACCAGUCAUGCGUUGAUGAAUUCCUACUCAAGCUGGAUGGCACUGAGAACAAAAGCAAGCUUGGAGCUAAUGCCAUCCUUGGUGUCUCACUGGCCGUUUGCCAGGCUGGUGCCAAGCAGAAAGGCGUCCCAUUGUAUCGCCACAUCGCAGAUUUGGCGGGAAAUAAGGAGUUAGUACUUCCGGUUCCGGCAUUCAACGUCAUCAACGGAGGCAGCCAUGCCGGCAACAAGCUGGCCAUGCAAGAGUUCAUGCUGCUGCCCACUGGGGCUUCGUCCUUCACCCAGGCCAUGAAGAUGGGCUCGGAGGUGUACCAUCACCUCAAGAGUGUCAUCAAAGCCAAAUAUGGACAGGAUGCCUGCAACGUUGGUGACGAGGGUGGCUUCGCGCCAAACAUCCAGAACAAUGAAGAAGGUCUUGAACUUUUGAAAACUGCAAUUGAAAAAGCCGGUUACACUGGCAAGAUUGAAAUCGGCAUGGAUGUUGCAGCUUCUGAGUUCUACAAGUCCGAGAAAUACGAUCUAGACUUCAAGAAUCCAAAAUCAGAUCCUGCUCAGUGGCUGACGUCAGAUCAGCUGUUCGAGGUCUACAAGGGCUUUCUGGCCAAGUACCCAGUGGUCUCAAUUGAGGAUGCCUUCGAUCAGGAUGACUGGGCCGCAUGGACCAAGAUGAACUCCCAAGUUCAAAUCCAGCUCGUCGGUGACGACUUAACGGUCACCAAUCCAAAGAGAGUGAACAUUGCAAUUGAGAAGAAGGCCUGCAACUGCUUGCUACUCAAGGUCAAUCAAAUCGGUUCAGUGAGCGAAUCAAUCCAAGCAUGCAAACUGGCGCAGAGUGCAGGUUGGGGUGUCAUGGUGUCGCACAGGAGUGGCGAAACUGAAGAUACAUUCAUCGCCGAUCUUGUAGUCGGGUUGUGCACUGGACAGAUCAAAACCGGGGCACCGUGUCGUAGCGAGAGGCUGGCCAAGUACAACCAGCUGCUCCGCAUAGAGGAGGAACUGCACGGGUCAGCCAAGUAUGCCGGCAAACACUUCCGUAAUCCCCUGAAACACGCUUGAAGAGGCUGUGGUAGAAGUGGUGGUUGUAGUGAAGAUGUUGGUGGUUGUAGUGAAGAUGGUGGUGGUUGUAGUAAAAAUCGUGGUGGUUUUGGUGGGGAUUGAUUUAGGUGGAAAUUAGAGAUUGUUAUGGUUGAAGUGGUAGUCCCACUGGUAGAAAUUGGCAGUGGUAGUUCAAGUUUUUGUUUUGGUGAAAGUAGUCGUGGCUGUGGUAGCUGUGAUGGUAGCGCCAAAAGCUGCAAUCUACUGUUGUUAUCUUAGAUUUGCAUAUGAAUACUUAUUUAUUUGUUUGUUAGCGUUAUUUUAUUAUUAUUAUAACUAUUAUUGUUUGAUUUUUUUUGACGUGAUUGCAAAUAUUCAUUGUUGGUUUUUUAUACUUAUUUUAUUUACCACGGAGCGAUCAUUAUUUUCGGAGUAAUAAUUUUUCGCCAAUAAUUUUGAAAAAAUGUCUUCUUCUGCUCCACUUAACGAAUCAAUCUUUUUUU